CCUAUUUCUGCUCAUCCUAGCACAAUGGCAACACGGAGGAAAUCAAACGGUCCAAGGUCUCGCUCUGGCUGCAUCACUUGCAAGUUACGACACGUCAAAUGUGACGAAGCGAAGCCCUCAUGCUCUCGAUGCCAACGAACGGGACUCAAAUGUGACGGCUACGACAACGCCUCUCAGUCCCAACUCCGUCAGAGGAUGGAAGCUAUCCAGCACCAACCGCGCAGGCCGCCCAUUAGCGCGGACCAUCAGAUCAUUCUGCGGCCGGAAACGCGGGAAGAGCGUCGGUGCGCGGAUUUCUUCCACGCGGAGACGACGCAGGCCUUUUCCGGGUUCUUCGACUCCACUCUGUGGUCUUAUUUGAUUCCCCAGAUUAGCGAAGGGGAACCGAUGAUCCGGCACGCGAUGAUAGCUAUCGGUGCCUUCCAUGCAGGCUUUGAAGAUCGCGCACUCGUUGAUACAUCAUUCGCCUUGCAGCAAUACAACAAGGCGAUUCGGCAUUUAAUAGAUCGCAAGUCCGUGCCUAGUAGCCAGGACUGGGAGCUGGCGUUGGCUGCCUGCUGCCUUUUUAUCGGCUUGGAGAUCCUUCGAGGGAACAAGAAACAGGCAUUAGAUCACAUAGACGCGGGGUUGAAAAUGCUCUGCCAACAUGAACUGAAAGGGGCCGCGGUUGGCCGCACCACGGAAGUGUAUGGGGAGCUACGCCAGCUGCUCUCGAGAUUGAACCUACAGGCUUCGUUCAUGGGCCGCCUCUUGUAUCCCUUAGAGUGUUCAUCCCAGGAUGCAGCGGCUACUGGGCCGACGUUAGCCAAUCUGUCGCAGGCUAGAAGGCACCUCGAUCGAUUAAUGAACAAAGGGCUUAUGUUCAUCCGAUCAACCGACUCUAACAGAAACCCGCAAGAUGUGCAGCUACGGCAAAAACAAGUGAUAGAACAGCGAGAGCUUUGUCUUGAGUUUGAUAACUGGCUGGCGGCGCUGAACAAGCUAGUCCAGAAGAUGGGACCAUGGAUCCAACAAAAGGACCUUCGCGCAUCGCUGGUUCUAAGGAUCUACCACCGUGUCGCACUAAUUUGGAUACGUACAGUCUUAGCACCAGAUGAAGGGAUCUUCGAUCUGUACAUUCCGGACUUCGAUGUACUUACUGGCUAUGCGGAAAGGGCAAUCCAACUCACCACGGCUAUUGAGAAACAGACUAACAAUCAAUCGAGGUUUAGCCUCGAGGGUGAGCUUAUUGCCACCCUUUACUUUUCGGCCGUUAGGUGUCGCAACCCCGGUAUCCGACGGAGGGCCAUUGACCUGCUGUCCCGCUAUGGAAAGAUAGAGGGCAUGUGGAACGCGAAGCGAUAUGCAGCGGUAGCAACAUAUGUAAUGGAGACGGAGGAGGGCGCAUGCUCGGGAAUUGUAAAGACUGAGAAAGAUGUGGGGGUUCGUGCUCGUAUCUACGAGUGUAUCCAACCCUCAGGGAUGGAACAGAACCCCUGCCAGGUAAUACUGCUGUUCAAGCUGGAUGGGGGCGGCCAUGACUUCCAACGGCGCAUAGGAUUUGUCCAUUGGUAGAGCUUAUUUAUGCGCGAUAGUUAUGGAUAUAGUAUACGAGGACCCAGAAUCUACCAGAUAUUUCGACUAUUUUACACUGGCGUUGCAAUUUCUGCCCGGUUUUGGAUAGUGGAUUUUUUUUUUUUUUAAAA